AUGCCGGCCAACUGCGAGAACGUGGCGAGCCCCGAGCCCGAGAUGCUGAACUACAAGUCCUGCAGAGCCCUCGUGGUCAAGGACCCGAAGAAGCCUGUCUCCAAGCCUCGAAUCGACUGCAUUGAUGGAUGCCGCUUCGCCCUCAUCCUGCCCAUCAUCAUCGGUCACUUCAUUCGUUUCGGUACCUCCAACAAGUGGCUGCUGAAACUCCUGACCCAGGAGAACGUUCUCGUGGGUGGCUUCUUCAGCAUCUCCGGCUAUGUGAUGGCCUACGUGGCUACGAACAUGGGCGAGCGAAGCCACAACGUGCAGAAGCUGAAGAAGCCAGAGCUUUUCUUUUGGCAGAAGGUGAUGAGCUACUAUCCGCUGCAUUUCUUAGUGUCGUCCGCCUUUGCGCCCAUGUUCAUCUUGAUCGACAGGUGGAUGAAGAACUCCUGGAAGACGACGUCGCUGCACGCCUUCUUCAACUACUUCUUGUUGCAGGCCUGGUUUCCCUCUGCGGCUGAGAUCUGGAACCCACCGACCUGGUUCCUCUCGGCAUUGACGUUUGCGAACCUUACGAUGCCGACCUUUGUCCUUCCGCAGGUGUCCCGGCUGAGCAAGGAUGGCCUCAGCAAGUUGUACGCUGGGCUCUGUGCCGUGUCGCUGCUCCAGAAGCUCUCCUACUCUCAGGCUUGGAAGUUCUACUGCUGCGGAGGCUACAAGGAGAAGCCGACGCAUCCGUAUCUUUGGAACGUGACCCGCUUCCACCCCUUCUCGGCUCUGGUGGAGAUCACCGAAGGUGUUGUGGCCGCGCGAAAUGUCAUGCUCGAUGAGGAGAGGAGGCCGCAGAAUCCCCUCUGGCUCUUCCUCGCAAGCUACGCCACCUUGGGACUCAGGCUGACUUCGCUGAACCUCAACGAUGCCAUGAUCCGGUCUCUGCUGUUCAUGCCGCUCUACACCAAGUUCAUCAUGACUAUGCACAGGGACUGUGUGAGCGGGCAGCCCCAUGCCCUCACGCGCUUCUUCGGCUCCAGCACAAUGUCCUGGCUCGGCUCGCUCGCCUUCCCCAUGUUCAUCGUGCAUGGUCCCCUUGGACAACUGUUCUACAAAAAGACGGUGGCGACAAAGCUGUGGGGUCGUGUGAUGCCGAAGCCUUUCUUUCCGAUCUACUUGAUGAUUGUCAUGGCGGUUGCCCAUCUGCUGAACGAGGGCUUUGUGAAGAACAAGGCCGUGCAGCGCCUCAGCGCCCGCCUGGCAGAAUUCCUUGCAGAACGAACGAAUGGCAUGCUCCAGGAUGUUAAUCGGCGCUCUGCCAGCCGGUCCAACUUGAAGGGCGCAUGA